GCUGAAGUGUUAACGACAUAAAUAGUUUUUACAUUCAUGUUCGCAAGAACCGUACUCCGUUGCAAAGGCAGUCCUACUUAUGGAAAUUGGCCUUGGCCCUCUAAGCUGCCCUUUCGAGAGAAGUGGUAUCACGACCUCAAUCUGGAGGAAAGCAUUAGCAGUGAAACCAGACGUUUUUAUGUUGUUGGGGACGUUCUUCUGAGUUGUGUCGUGGCCUUUGCAGCGUAUCGACUGUACCAUCUGGGUUAUCGUACAGACGCGUACCAAACACACUUGUGCCAUUUGAACAACUACCCUCCUGCUAUCAUAGCUAACGAAUUUAAUUUCGAAAAUCCAUCCACCAACCGAAGGGUCGAACGCAAGGACCUCGACACUUACCGCAACGAAGUUACUAAGCUCAAGGCCCGUGGUCAGAAUCUCGAAAGCAUUAUUUUCAAGUUUUAG